AUGCUGAUGAGGAAAAUCUUGAUAGAUAACAUCAAUUAUCCAUUAUAAUCAAUUAUCAGUUAUCAGUUCCUUAUCAUUUGUUAACAAAUCCUCAGUUGAAAAACCUUCCGACCAGCUUUGCAGUAGACGAAAAUUUGCUGUACAUUGGAUAUGAUCUAACUCUAAUAGAAGACGAUUGCAUUUCCAAGCAGAAAAAAAAAAAAAAAAAAGAUUAUUGUAAUAAAUCUAGCAUCACAGCAACAAUUCAUGGAGCUUAAUUAUGACACUACUAAAUGUGAAAAUCUAUUCAGCGCUAGGAACACUUUUCACAUUACAUUCACGCUAAAGAUUGGCUGUUAAGAGCUCAUUACUGGUAUUUUUCUAAAGAGUGGUUUAUUAAACACAGUUACCUAAUAAGCAUCUUUGGUGGUGCAAAUUGCUGAAAACAGUAAUGAGUCUGAUUAGACUUCAUUUCAAUUACGACAGCUUGUCUAGCAAAAAAUUUAUAUAUGUAUAUAUAACUUUUUUUUUUUUUCCUGCUGCUUCAGAAUCUGGCUACAAGACACUACAGAGUUUAAAAAAUAAAAAGCCACCUCUGUAUUUCCUUUCCACAGUUCACUAAUGAAGACAGAAUUGUCCAAGUCAUCAUCCAAUUUACACACUGGGAAAGUGGAUGGACAAAGUGGAGUCACAAUCAUGUUUGCUUAAAAACAGCAAAGGCUGCCUUAACCAAUAUGUCUAAAUAAGAGUUUCAACAACAGGACUGAGAGGCAGAAAGGAGCCAGUUGUAAUUCAUACCGAGUUGUAGGCUUUGUGUGAUGAAAGCGAUGGAGCGCUGCCUGGGAGAUUGCUUUGCUGCACUCCACGAAGCAGAUUUGAAACUGUCGUGGACCACUUUAGAUGAGAGUUGGAUUAUGGAAUGACCUGCUAUGUCUGUGUCAUAUUGUUCUGCACAGGGAGCAUUAUACUGUGCUAACUAGGUGUUCAGUACCAAAUAAGAGAGGCUUGAAGAUGCAGUGGACGCCGGAGCACGCCCAGUGGCCCGAACAGCACUUUGACAUCACUUCCACCACUCGGUCUCCCGCCCACAAAGUUGAAGCUUACAGAGGUCAUUUGCAGCGCACCUACCAGUACGCCUGGGCAAACGAUGACAUAUCUGCUCUGACGGCAUCCAACCUACUAAAAAAAUAUGCAGAGAAGUAUUCUGGCAUUUUGGAAGGCCCUGUGGACCGACCCGUGCUCAGCAACUACUCGGAUGCACCAUCAGGACUAGUGAAUGGUCGGAAGAAUGAAAGUGAACCCUGGCAGCCUUCCUUGAAUUCAGACGCUGUUUAUCCCAUGAACUGUGUUCCGGAUGUGAUCACUGCCAGCAAAGCUGGAGUCAGUUCAGCCCUCCCUCCAGCAGAUGUCUCUGCGAGCAUAGGGAGCUCUCCUGGGGUGGCCAGCAACCUGACAGAACCUAGUUACUCGAGCAGUACCUGUGGAAGCCACACUGUACCUAGUCUUCACGCAGGGCUCCCGUCUCAGGAAUAUGCCCCAGGAUACAACGGCUCCUAUUUGCAUUCUACGUACAGCGGCCAGCCCGCACCUGCACUUCCUUCACCGCAUCCUUCUCCCCUGCACAGCUCCGGGCUCCUACAGCCGCCGCCGCCCCCUCCGCCGCCGCCAGCCCUGGUCCCAGGCUACAACGGGACUUCUAACCUUGCCAGUUACAGCUACCCCUCUGCUAGCUAUCCUCCGCAGACUGCUGUGGGGUCGGGGUAUAGUCCUGGGGGGGCGCCCCCACCUCCUUCAGCCUAUCUGCCUUCAGGAAUCCCUGCUCCCACACCCCUGCCCCCCACCACUGUUCCUGGCUACACCUACCAGGGCCACGGUCUGACACCGAUCGCGCCCUCGGCUCUGACAAACAGCUCGGCGAGUUCUCUCAAAAGGAAAGCUUUCUACAUGGCAGGGCAAGGAGACAUGGACUCCAGUUAUGGAAAUUACAGCUACGGCCAACAGAGGUCCACACAGAGUCCUAUGUACAGAAUGUCCGACAGCAGCAUUUCAAACUCAAACCGGGGGAAUGGCUUUGACAGAAGUGCUGAAACAUCAUCCUUGGCAUUUAAGCCAACGAAGCAGCUAAUGUCCUCUGAACAGCAGAGGAAAUUCAGCAGCCAGUCCAGUAGGGCUCUGACCCCUCCUUCCUACAGUACUGCUAAAAAUUCAUUGGGGUCGAGAUCCAGUGAAUCCUUCGGCAAGUACACGUCGCCCGUGAUGAGCGAACACGGGGAGGAGCACAGACAGCUGCUCUCUCACCCCAUGCAGGGCCCCGGACUCCGCGCAGCUACCUCAGCCAACCACUCCGUGGACGAGCAACUGAAGAAUGCAGACACACACCUCAUCGACCUGGUAACCAACGAGAUUAUCACCCAAGGACCGCCAGUGGACUGGAACGACAUCGCAGGUCUCGACCUGGUAAAGGCUGUCAUUAAAGAGGAGGUUUUGUGGCCUGUGUUGAGGUCAGACGCGUUCAGUGGACUGACGGCCUUACCUCGGAGCAUCCUUUUAUUUGGACCUCGGGGAACAGGCAAAACGUUACUGGGCAGAUGCAUAGCUAGUCAGCUGGGGGCCACGUUUUUCAAGAUCGCUGGUUCUGGACUUCUCGCCAAGUGGUUAGGAGAAGCAGAGAAGAUCAUCCACGCCUCUUUCCUCGUGGCCAGAUGUCGUCAGCCCUCAGUGAUUUUCGUCAGUGACAUUGACAUGCUUCUCUCCUCUCAAGUGAGUGAGGAACACAGUCCAGUCAGCCGGAUGAGAACCGAAUUUCUGAUGCAGCUGGACACUGUGCUGACGUCGGCUGAGGACCAAAUCAUAGUGAUCUGUGCCACCAGUAAACCGGAAGAGAUAGACGAAUCUCUUCGGAGGUACUUCAUGAAACGACUUUUAAUCCCACUUCCUGACAGCACAGCAAGACACCAGAUAAUAGUACAACUGCUCUCACAGCACAAUUACUGUCUCAGUGACAAGGAGUUUGCACUGCUCGUCCAGCGCACAGAAGGCUUUUCUGGGCUAGACGUGGCUCAUCUGUGUCAGGAAGCGGUGGUGGGUCCCCUCCAUGCCAUGCCAGCCACAGACCUUUCAGCCAUUAUGCCCAGCCAGUUGAGGCCGGUUACGUAUCAAGACUUUGAAAAUGCUUUCUGCAAGAUUCAGCCUAGCAUAUCUCAAAAAGAGCUUGAUAUGUAUGUUGAAUGGAACAAAAUGUUUGGUUGUAGUCAGUGAUAACUUCUUUAAAAAAAAAAAAAAUGUGAUGAAUGUUGGCGUGCACACACACAUCAAACCUGCUACAUAGGGUAUAGAUCCCCUUUUCAGUAGUGUUUAAAUCGCAAAGGGUACUGGGGAAGAAGACGAUUCAGUUGCAUCUUUCGAGUCAGGGUAGAUUUGGAGGAAGAAGGCAUCCAGUGAGACCUUCGGAUGUGAAAGCCCCAGAUGACAGAAAGCAUCUGCCGAUGCUCAGUUCAGUUCAAGCUAGACAACACUCACCAAGGAGCAAGGUGCAAGUGUGUUGAUUUCAGAAGGACGUGAACCUCGUGUGUUGAUUCCAUUCUGCUGUUCUCGAGAUUUAGUUGCUGUCAAGUGCCUGGAGUGGUGCUUUAUUUUUUGUUUGCCUCACAAUUACAUUGGUGGCAUGUGCUAAUAUAAAGAGCUUUAACUUCAAACAUUAUUGGACUAAAGAGAUGAACGGUUGUGUUUCGACAGAAAACCAGAUUUUUGCCAUUUUAAGAGCAACAGUAUUCCUCAAUCCUGUCUGUUCUGCAGUAUUAAGCUAAGAACAGGUAAAACAGGGUAACGGUAAUCUGGACCUUAAUUUCUGCAGUUCAUUUCUUUUAAUGUUCUUGUCUGCAAAAACUCAGGAAAGUGAUUGUGUUUUGUACAGUACCUCAAAGGAAUGUGUUGAAAGCACUAUGUACUGCUGAGAGUAAUGGGAUAGGCUUCAAUGUUACUUUAUAUUAAAAUGUAUGUUUACCUCAACAAUUGGAAAAUAGCAAGGAAAAUUACUUUGAAUGUAUCCGGAAAAAUACUGACGCGUGAUACAGCUGAAUAUUUACAAUUUAAAGUAAAAAUGGAAGGAUUUUUUAAAAAGGUUCUUUCACUAAUUAUGGGGAAUUAACCAGAGCAGAAUAAUUCUUUAUAUCAAUACCUGCAAGAGUUAUUCGUACAUUGCUCCUUGAUAACGAAGUGAAAAUAUUCUUAAAAGGUACACUGGUUAAUGGAAAGCUAUUUACUCAGUUUGUGUUAGUGUCUGGAACAGUCAGCCACAAGACCUGUUUAGGACCCUGAAAGUCACAGUACCUAAAAACUAGGACUGUCUUUUUCCUGCAGAGGUGGUAAUGGUGGUGGUGGUGAUUUGCCAGUUCUCUCUGAAAACUGCUGGAAAUGGUGUCAUUCUCUUCACUAAUCUAGCUUAUAGGCUUGCCAUGCUUUUGACAGAAUGCAGAAGAUAGCAGCCAAAACCAACAAGCAAACAAACAAAUAAAUACAGAAAGCAACCAACCAACUUAUAUAUGUCCACAGAGAAUAUGUCUGCAUCCCCUCUCCUUCUUUUGGACUCCUCUCUUGUCAGUGCAAUUUUGCUUCUCAUUUUGAAAUCUUCUGGGCUGUAGUGCUCCCACAUUCAUUUCUACCUCAGUUUUGUUACAUUUCUCCUGGAAAGUCAAGUAGACGAUUGGAAGUAGACACACACACACACACACACACACACACACACACGUGCACACAUCCACAUGCACACACACACCAACAGAUACAGCUUGCCAAAUGUGUUACUUUGUUUUCUUUCAUCUUUUCCUAUAAAUCUAGUUUCCAAAAGAUAUCAAUCUUCACCCCUCACUUCCACCUGGGCCCACCCCCACUGCAACAGUGUAUGUAGCAUUUUUCUUAGUUUCCCUCUCCUUUGCUGCUCCCCAAGUUGUUCUUUGUAUCCUUUUAAUGCUUUAUGUGCAACUUUACAUUGCUAGCUGACUGAUGUUGGGCAAUGCCUCUGAACUGACACAGAGUAGGCCAUAGCCUCCCAAAGCCACUGCCCGUGCAGAAGCAGUACAGCCUGGCUUUUUGAAUGUAUUUUUCCUGUUUUUAUUUUUAAUUUUAUUAUUAUUUUUUUUUUUUUUAGUUGAGAGAUGCAGUAACAAAACUGUUGCAAAGCACUGGCGUUUUAUGUAUUCAAAAAGUGAUGUACAUUUUUACAGACUUUAAAUAAAUGCAAUGAGAAGCCCUAAGAAAGGUCUUUCUGUUAUUGUUUUGUUUUCCUUCCAUAUUUUUUUUUUUACUGAUUUCAUCCGCAAUGUCAAAUUCUCUGAAAUGCUUAACAUAGAGAAAGCUAAUGAAGGACAUCAUGAUAUUUCUGAGAUUUUAUGAUGCUUAAUCAUUACUCCCCUUUUUUCUUAAUUUCUUGCUAAAAACUGAGCAGAUGAACUAGAAUUAAAUUUACCAUGAUUUUCUAUCAAUUAAACCUGUUCUUACAUAUAAAUAUUCCAUAUUAAAAAGUAGUGCCUUUCAUUAAGGAUAUAAAAAGUAAUAUUUAAGUACUUCCUCUGCUUUUCACAAGUGAAUAAACACUACAGUCGUGUUCUGGCGCUACCGUGCACAGGUCCCUUAUUGUAAGGGAAUUCUAAUAUCCCCAUUAAAUUGUAGGUUCAUAUUGAUCUCACUGACAAGUUUACUUUUGCACAGUGCUGACCUAUUUUCAGUCUUUUGGAUGUCACAUUUCAUUUCUGCCAACAUGCUGUGUUCGCUUGAAAGCAACUGGCAAGUUUUGACAAACCCAAUCUUAUUUAGACAACUUUGGAAAAUCCAGUAUUGACCCACAUUUCUGUGGCUAGUAAGAGUUAAUGCCAAAUAUAUGACUGCACUAUUGUGUUUUACACUCAUUUAUAAAACUGAAAAUAAAGUCACGCAUAUUGGCUUUUAGCUUUAAAUGACUUAAAAAUUACUUUUGAGCUAUGAGUGGUCAAAAAUCCAUGUAUUGAGGCAGAAGCUGAAGUUGUGUGUGAAUUUCAUUGAGCCUAAUGAAUACUAGGAUUUGAUCUCUUAAGAAAUUGGGCAUGCUGAAGAAAUGAAGAUCUGUUGAAGGAGAUAAGGCUGACCUUUGAGGAGGUAGUGCUCUCCUGUGAGUCUUUGAUUCUUCGUGGCAGCAUUUUGAGCUCGCCUAUGGACUAGCCUAGUAAUGAGCUCUAUUCUGACCAUCCUUUCUUGAGCUUGGGGUGGGGGUGGGGUACCACAUCCUGAGAAUUGAAUGUGUACAAUCAGUGAUGGUACAACUGAGUGAUGGGGCUUCAUAGUCUUGGCCUCUUUGACUGCUAAGAAUUUGGAGAAGGCUACUAAUGAAGGUAAGGUAAUGAGCCAGUCCAAAUCUCUUGCCGUCUGGCCAGGGGAUUUGAGCCAGUCUACUUAACAGCCCCUAAUUUCUUUCUUCACAACUGCAGUAACAUUUCCAACAGGGACAAAAAGGAAGUGAAGGAAACUACUUCAGUAGAAGGAUCAAUAGAAAUUCAAGAGGUAGUUCAUAAUGACCUUAUGUGUGACACAAAUGGAAAUACUCUACACUUCUGGCAUGCUUCUCACCAAAAUAUUUAGAACGUUAGUGACAAUAUAGAAAACUUUGCUGACUGAGCUGAUCAAUGGAAUGUGAAGGCAGUAUACUUUAAGGCUAUUUACUUUCACACAGAAUGUUUAUCUAUUAGUCAGUUUGUAUUCUACUCAAAUGCAGAUAGACGGGUAUAAUGUUUUCUUGUGCAUUUGAAACCUAUCAAGGAGAAAAUAAACCAUUCCACUCAAAUACAUAGGCCAAACACCAUCUGGGCCAGUGAUAAAAACUAUCCAGAGGCUAUGCUAUGUAAAAUACCAAGGUCAAUUUACAUCAGUUGCAUAGUACUUGGCUAUGCAGUUUUCAGAAGAAUACAUCCAAAAAAGUCCAAAUUAAUUCCCACAAUAGUUUGUUGUAAAUUUAAAUAUAUUUGUGGGUUGGAUAUAUGUUUUUGAUUCAUAUAGAAUUUAUUUCUCUGAAAAUGUGUCCAACUCCAAGCAGAAAGUUACUUUUAUAAUCUCAUUCUCAUGGGUUUUUAUUUUUCUUUUUUAACAAGAAUUGGGUAUCAUGAUCAUUGAAACAAUUUUGCAAAGUGAAAGGGACACAGUUUGUUGAACUAUUGAGGCCACUAAAGUUCUAAUAUAUAUACAUAUAUAUAUAUAAUUAGCGUGUAUGUUUGUGUGUAUGUAUGUGUGCUGUUUUCACCACCAACUAUUUGAACUUUAAAACUGUCUAUUUUACAUUACUCGGAAACAACUGGUUACUUCCUCUCUUCAUAUAUGCAGAGAUAUACAUGACCACUUUACAAUUCAAAGCAUUUCAAUGUUUUUUCUUUUGAAAAGUAAAGCCUUCAGUUGUUGAAUCACCUGCUGAUUUUCAUAUGAAGCACAUUAGCAAACAUGGAGCUAUUAGUGUUUCAGAAUUCAAAACCAGCUGUACUUGUGACUAACUCACACAUGAACUGAAGCUCACAGUCUGCUAAGACCUCUGGUUGACAUUCGAUUUUGAACCUGCCAGAUGCAUUUGUGUGAACCAGGGAUACUGCAUCUUUAAUGAACAAGUCUCUUCUCUUUCCCCUGUUUUUAAAUACAACACAAGCAGUGUCGCACUAGGUACUGCAAUUGUCAAAGACAAUUAGACUGGAAGCAGGAAAAUUUCACCUCCCUGUCUCAGUGAUAUGUAGAAUGUCGGCAGCAUGGGUCAGCCUUGGCACAGAGUUGUGUGAGAAUAUAUGAAUCAGUCCUAUAGAAUGUUAAAUAUUUAUAAAAUGGUUCUGGAGUACACCAAGCUUGGGAGCACAUUCAUUCUUUUUGUUGUCCUAUGAUACAAAAAGAGCUAAAGUUUAUUUUCAGGCUUAAAACAUUCUCAUUCCUCUCCCCCACCUUUUUUUCUCCCUCCCUCUCUCUGUCUGCCUGUGUGAGUGUGGGUGUGUUUCCUUGUGGAUUAUAUACAGUUGCUAGAGAAUAUUCAUUUCUAUUUUUUUUUUCUUUUUUCAUCUGACGUAUAUUCAAACAUUGUUCUUUAUAACCAUUUCUACCUCAUUGCUACAUAUUGUACAUGUAGUAUUUAUUUGUUGUCUUUUUUUGAAUGUCAUGCAUUUCGUAAGAAAAAGACUUGUCCUUGAACUUGAACAGUCUACCUCAGAAAGACUGUCUUUACACUGAACAGUAUUAGCAACCUAAACGAUAAGACGCAUUAGCGAAGUGUGGCAGGGUAGAUAAUGCACGAGUACUUGGGAUAUUGAUGGACUUUUAAUUGUACUCAUAACACAAGACUGCUUAAAAGAACUUAAAAGAAAUUAUGCACUGUGUAGGUCUUCAUCAAUGUCCCAUCUGGGGCAUAAUAUACAGAAUACAGCUUUAUUUUUAUGUGCCCAUCUCUGAGAAAUGUGUUAGCAUUCUCAAGUAUUUUACACUGGCAAUCUGGCUACUUAAACUAAAACAUUUUUAUAUUCUUUUGACUGACAGCUUUAGCUCUUAAAUUUAAGAGAAAUAAUGGUACUUAAUUAUUUUUAACUGCAGUCUUCAGUGAUUUUAAAUGCCUUCAUUUUAAUUCUGUGACUCCUGAUAUAAAUUAAUAAAAUACAAUGCAGUUGCAAGGACCUGCAUAACUUUAAAAAAAAAAAAAAAAAAACCAAAAAAAUAGUAAAUGGCACUUCCCAAAGGAAAUAACAACAUGGAGUCUUGGGUGCUUGCAAGUUCCGUAACUGAAAGCAUUUUGUUUCUAAUUUCCCUUUAUAACAUGUAUUUGUUUAUUGAAGUAAUUGUACAACUAAUGGCACAUCAAAUUACUUUGUAUGAAGUGUUUUAUAUUUUACUAUUUAUUUUAGCAUUUGUUCUUUUUCUCUACCAGCUCUAUAUUACAGUAGCAAAAGAAAACAUACUUUUAAAAAAAUGCUGAAAGGGGUCCACCACACACCCAAUCGCGAAUGGACUUUUAAAGUUGCUUGUCAGCAAAUUGUGGAUAUUUUACAAAAGCAAAUGAACUGUGACAAUCCACAACUCCCACAGAUGUGAAUUCAGAAAUACAUCUGAAAACUCCCGGUAUGCCUGACAAUCUAUUCUUUAAGUUUCAUUAACAAAGUGUCACCCAGUCCUUUCACUUACAAUUCCUUGCAGGAAUGUAUUGUCUAGAGGCUGUCUAGUAGUGAUUAAGAGAGGGGUUUUGUUUUGUUUUGUUUGUUUACUGUAUUAGGUGAGGAAUGCCAUAUUUCUUGUCAGCUAACAGUACUUGUCUGAGACAGAAAUAAAAAAAGAAAGAAAAAGAAACCUAACUAAUUAAAAUUUCUGUGCACUUUGCUUCCUUGACCAUAUUGAUUUUAUUUGCUUAAAUUGAAACAAGACGCUGGAUUUGACCAGAUUUUGACCCCCUGAGAGAAGAAAAGCCCUAUAUAGUACAUGUUUCUUUGGGUUAUUCUAGUACUGUUUGCUUAUUUGUUCUGCAAAUUCCAAAUCAUUUUUUGUGUGCAUUAUUUUGCAUCUGCUGAAACUAAAUGUAUUAUUAUUGCACUCAUUAAAAAUGAAACAAUCCAUUUCUCUCGGAAAAAAAAUGACAAGCUUUAGAUGAUGAAAGCUUAAAUUAUCCAUCACUU